CUGUGAAGGAGUUUGGCGCUAUAUGUCAGACACAUCCAUUUACCAUGCUCUUCCACCAUCGACUCGACAUGAAAGCAUGUGCAUGCAUAACAACAUAUUCAAGGUAAACCAUUUCAAUCCAUGUCAAAAUAUGAACAGUACUCGCCAGCUGACACCUCAAUCCUCUUGUUAAGCAUCUGAACGCGCUCAAAACGCGACUCAACUACGCAAGUUUCAAGUUAGAACAUGGAUGGCAGGAUCGCGCACUCACGGAUUUAGAGGUAUCCUGGAAGAUGCAUGACGACAAAGAUUACGAUACUAUACCCGUCCCAGCGACAAACUCUCGAAAAAAGUCAUUAGAGAACCUUCGACGACCGCAUACGCCGAAGCGACGAAAUAGUCAUAGACGGGGAAUAACGCAAGCUGACAUUAUUGAUCGCCGCACAUUUGUUGCCGUGGCGCAAAACAAACCAAAGCUGAAGCGUUGGCAUUCCAUGAACGCUAUACCCGACGGAAAAGUAAAACAACCACGGCCUAAGGGUCGGCCACGAAAAGAUGAAGAGGCAAAGAAACGACAUCCUGCUGACGAGCAUGAUGACAUGGGCAACAAACGGACUAAGAUGGAAGAAGAUGGAUCACCGACGGCCAGUAUCAGUUCCAGUCAAGUGAUGGAUGUUCCGGAAUCCGUGCCAACCAAUUCACUGGACUUUUUAUCAUUUGCCAUCGCCAUGUCAGAAAAGAAGCGUGAUGCCGCAGAGCGACUGACUCAAUCUCAGCCUUUACCUUCUAUGGCACCUCCAUACUCAGAUGACGAAGAUAUGGAUGAUGAGCCAAGCGGUGGUUACGAAGAAACGGAUGGCGCUCACUCCUAUAUGGAUCAUGACAGCCAUGGUAAAUCCUCAGAAUCCUCAGACACAUAUGAUUAUGAGGACAAUGAUGAAUUGGAUUGUCCCAGCUCACCACGAGCCGAGGCAGCUGAAGCCAUCAUGAUGUUUGUAAGAGGUGGGCCGCACCGAUGAAGUUUAUAAAGAAGAAAAUUACUGGUAAUUUGUUAGCGCUAGUUUUAUUAAACCCCUCAAGCUAGCGAAAUGGGAACAUACUGUGAAAUGGAUCCCCAUGUAGUAAAAAACAAGCCCAAAGUAUUAAACCUGUUUAAAUAUCGCAUCACUGACCAAACAUACAUGGAUCAUAUCACAAUGGUAAACAUGUUGGAGCAUAAAUCGGUGAGAUGGACUUGUGUGUUAUAUAACACUUUCACCUUAAGGAGUUUAUUGACUACGAUCGCGGGCAAUACUGCGUAACAGCUUGCCAAAAUCGCUAAUAGCGCCUUUCGUCAAAUGAUUCCUGCGUUCAACAGAUGG